ACGAACUUGCUAACAAAUUAAAAGCCGUGAAGAAGAAAUCUCUUGAUUCUCCGAUCUCUGUAAUUUUCUUGAGAAUUCAGAACCUCAACAAUGGCGGUGUUCAUUAGCGUCCUCAAAUCGUUAAUUGCGGUUCUCACGGCGUCGAUGGCGAUGGUUGCGAUGUCGCCUCCGACCGGAUGCACAACCAGAGAGCUUCUCUUGCUUUCGCCAUGUUUGCCUUUCAUCUCGGCUCCACCGAACAAUCUUUCCGAUUCGGUUCCCUCGUCGUGCUGUGAGGCGUUCUCUUCUGCUUACGGUUCCGGUGGUGGAAUUUGUCUCUGUUAUUUUCUUCGUGACCCUCAGAUUUUGGGCUUCCCGUUGAAUAAUACGAAGCUGAUCGCUCUGUCUUCGAUUUGUCCUCUCAGUGAUGGAACGCAUUUGGAGAUGAAUAGUUCACUAGAUUCGCUCUGUUCUGCUUCACGAACUCUGCCUCCUCUUCAGAGCUCGAAAAUUCCAGGAAUCCAAGAGCCGGAUAGUCCUGCUGAGGAGAACACACCGCCUCCUGCGAUGGCCUCACCACCCUCUACACUUGUGUCACCGCCACCACAGCCACCGCCUGCAGAUGAAUUGCCGCCGUCUCCUUCAUCUGCUACAGCAAAAGGUUUUUCAAUGGCAAGAGAUUGUAUUGGCUUGUUCUUGACAGGUUCACUCUUCCUUCUCCACACUCAUCCAUUUUUAGAGCUUUUUUCUGAUAUUCUUUGCAUCCUUUUGUAAGUAUGGUGUAGAAAUCUGGAUCAACAGGAACUUAUGUCUAUAGAAUGUAUAAACAUGCUACAAUAAAACAAAUUAUAAAUUUUCUCCUUGUUGACUAAUAAAGAGCA